AUGUCAGGCACCGUGUUAAAUGGCAAGAAGCUGCACAUCAGCGAGCAGCCUUUCACAUUGCACAAUUGGCAUCGCCAUGUCAAAUGGGUCAAUACUACUCUAAUCCUGAUCGUUCCAUUUUUCGGUUUUGUCGCUGCAUUUUACACUCAACUGCGUCUCCCAACGGCUAUUUGGGCUGUUAUAUCUUACUUUUGGACUGGUUUGGGUAUUACUGCCGGCUAUCACCGUCUAUGGGCACAUCGAUCAUAUGAGGCUUCCUUGCCAUUAAGAAUGUUUCUUGCCUGCGUCAGCGGUGGUGCCGUCCAAGGCUCCAUUCGGUGGUGGAGUAGCAAGCAUCGAGCACAUCAUCGAUGGACCGAUACCGUUAAAGACCCAUACAGUGUACGAAAGGGCGUUUGGUAUUCCCACUUCAUGUGGAUGGUGCUGAAUCAGAACCCGAAAGAUCGUGGUCGGACGGAUAUCUCUGACUUGAACCAAGACCCCAUCGUCGUGUGGCAGCAUAAGUACUAUGGUGGAUUAAUUCUCGUUUUCGGGAUGCUUUUCCCAAUGGUGGUCGCUGGGCUAGGCUGGGAUGAUUGGAAAGGCGGCCUGGUCUACGCUGGUAUCUUGAGGCUAUUUUUCCUCCAGCAGGCGACCUUCUGUGUCAAUUCUCUUGCUCAUUGGCUGGGGGAUCAGGUACAGUCAUCGCGAUCCAUAUCCUCUUCAUCACCAUUGACGAUUAUCAAGCCAUUUGAUGAUAGGAACUCUCCUCGUGAUCAUGUCAUCACUGCCCUUGUCACACUUGGCGAAGGCUAUCAUAACUUUCACCAUGAGUUCCCUUCAGACUACCGCAACGCCAUUGAGUGGUGGCAAUACGAUCCAACCAAAUGGUCAAUCUGGAUAUGGAAACAGAUUGGCCUGGCCUCCAACCUCAAGAGUUUCCGCGCCAACGAGAUCGAAAAAGGUCGCAUUCAGCAACUGCAAAAGAAAAUUGACCAAAUGCGAGUCAAGAUCGAUUGGGGUAUUCCCUUGGAGCAUUUACCUGUCUUUUCCUGGGACGAUUUCGUUUCCAGCUGUCGGGCUGGCAAUGCCCUUAUUGUUAUCGCCGGUGUGAUCUAUGACGUGACGGAUUUUAUCAAGGAACACCCCGGUGGGAAAGCGCUACUUAGUUCGGGAAUCGGGAAAGACGCCACCGCAAUUUUUAACGGCGGUAUCUAUAAGCACUCCAAUGCGGCACACAACCUUCUCUCUACCAUGAGGGCUGGUACAAAGGCGGUCCAAAAGUCUGAAGACACCACGCUAUUUUUUUAG